AUGUUAUGUGCACCAUUGAAAGGCAUAAAUGUCUAUUGCCGUGACAGAGCUAAUAGAACCACGCUUGUCACCCAUUUCAAUGCAACAAGUCGCACAACGGAAAUUAGACUGUUCGUGUCGUGA